AUGUUCAAGUCAACCGGCGCCCGCUCCCUUCGCGCAUUUCGCCAGGCCGCCCCGCUUGCUCGACGGAGCAUCGCCCAACACCAUGCACACCCCGCCGCCGUGCGGAUACAGCCGGUGCGCUUCAAGCAGCCAUUCUUCACCUGGAGGCGCGUCAUCCACGGAUCCAUUUAUACCGCAGUUGUCCUCGGUUCAAUCAUCUUCGUCCUGUCGCCGACCAUAGAAAUAGUCGACGAAGACGAGGAAGAGGGCGAAGAGUACGAGGACGAGGAAUAUGAAGACGAUUCCUUAUUCAUACCGUUAGGAUGGCCCAAGCCGCUGCCGAGGAGGUUCUACAGAGGAUCGGAUCCAGAGUGGCAGGAGUUCAGAAAGAUAGCUGGAGACAGCAAGAGACACGAACACAUACGGAACACGCUCGUUAUGUUGGUACGCGGGACAGUGGCGAGAGACCAGCACCUAGCUGGUCGCUUCGGACCUAUCGACGUGACCAAGGGCCGAUACUGGUUGGACAUCACAUUCCCUGACGGACCCCCGCAGGAGUACGCACGUGCUGGCAUCGAGAUCGGAGACGACUACAUUGCACUGGCGAGGCGGGAGGUAGACCAAGUCAGCUACAACAGAUUAAAACGUGCGCUAUGGCCGAAAGCCGUCGCCUCGUCGGCGUGGGCGAGCACGCAGUACCUCUGGCGGGUGCAGAUGAACCGGAUACGGGAAUGGGUCGGGCUCAGCCCAAAGACGGACCCGAAAACCGAUUUGCUCGAAAAGCAGCUCGAGGCCAUGGCACGGGCGCAGCAGCUUGCGGCCUCGCGCAGCAACAGCAACAACAACAAUCCAGGCGCGAACCCGAUGCCCAACAACCCUGCUUCGUCAGAGCGCACCGUCGCAGCGCCCACAACGAAAGACAACACGCCUAGCAGCGCGCCCUCAUCCGCGUCCUCGAAAGCCAACUCCUCCAACCCCACCACCCCCGCUGAGAAGAAUGCAGGUCUCCCGGACUUUACGCCCAUCCCGCCACCAUCGAUCGCACUGACCAUUUUCUCGGCCACGCUGGCCAAGAACUGGAAGCCGAUGGCUCUGGAGGCACCGCGCGGCACGGUAAUCGUGUCUGGGCUCAUUGAGGUGCAAGGCGCCAAGGCGCGGUGCACGAUGGAUGUGGUGGGCGCGUACGAUCCCGUGCAGGAUCGGUACGUCGUUUUGCGGGGCGGGUUCAGGCGCGUGCAGGACAAGCAACAGAGGCCCAAGGGGGGACGUUGA